CGGCGUCAAAUGUCGUCUUUCGCAUAUCCUUCUCGUCUACGGACGCGGUCCGUAAGGUCCUCCAUCUCAAUGUCCUCUUCUAUCUCACGGCAAGGCCCCUCCUACGCCGCCUCGCGGGCGCCCGAGAACAGAAUCCCGCAAUUCGAACCAUGUGCUGCCACCGCCGCCUUUCUGCUCCUCGCCCAGCGGAACGAAAUCCUCGUCCUCCACCAUGAUACCCUGGCCGUCGAGCGUCGUGUGAGAUUACAUGGAGAAAAUGUCCUCUGGAUCGUCGCCGAUAAUGUCAGCGAGCGCUCUGGCCGCGCAAUCGUCAGCUUCGACCUGGGCAAGACGGCGAUCGUAUGGGACAUCUUCACCGGCAAGGAACUUGCGCGCUUCUCUUCCUAUGCGGACAUGCGAUCGGCCAGUUUCAUGCGCAAUGGAAAUAUCGCAUUCGGCAACGAGCAAGGUAGCGUCGUCAUAUUCGACCCGUCCACCUCCGAGCACGUCUCUGUGCGCACGAUUUUCGAUCCCAUCACUGCACUCGCUCCCGCACCGGAUUGCUCGACCUUCGCCAUCGGCUACCUGAAUGGCUCUCUAUUGAUUGCAACGCUUCAGCCUUCCUUUGCCAUCCUUCACACUCUCAACACGAACCGAGCUCCCUCACAAAUCACCGAUUUGGCCUGGCAUGGAUCUUCUUCCAAAUCAAAGACCGACAUGCUAGCCGCGCAAACGGCGGAUGCUGAUCUGCGGGUGUGGAGUGUGCCCAAGGGCCCAUCCUCAGAAGCGCCGAACAUCAUAAGAGUGCUCUCACGGUCAGAGGGACAACAGCAGGGUCCAUGUUGGUGCGCCUGGUCCAAAAAUGGGCGAAUCCUACAAUAUGCAGAAGGAGAAACCCGUUCGUGGGAUGUUCGUACAAAGAAGGUCACCUAUGAGACCGUUCCGACCAUUGAGGGUGUGGCCGGUAUUGCCAACUACGGAUCAUCAGCUACUCUUUUCACACUAGGCCUGGAUCACAUGGUACAUCAAUACGACGUGGACCCCAGCAACAGACCGAUGGAAGUUGCCAGUGCACAACACAUUCCCAAAAACUCUCUGAUGUCGCCACCGUCAACGCUGGAAGGCCGUGGGCUACGAAGCAUGGCUGGCUCUUCAGUGACUGGGUUCACCGAUGCGGAAAGCAGCGCCGACGAGGGACCGCAUCCUUCAGCAUUACGGAAGUUGAUUCAAGGUGAUUACGACCAAGAGGAAGAAGAGCGAGAUGUCAUCAUGCCAUUGAGCCCGCAAUCCAGCCGAGCUUCAUCGAUUAGCUCAAGAAGUUCCGGAAGACGUAGUGCGAGAGGACCGAAGUAUCGUUAUGAUCGUCCGAGUUCGUCUCGUGCCUCCAGCAGCGUUGGGCGUGACGAUGCCACCGAGUUUUCCAUGGGUCCGGCCACGAACGUUGUCCGCGAUAGCAUGUCCAUCCGAACAGGCACGUCCACUGUAUCUGCUGCACAAUCUCGCCAUUCCCGCCGGCCGGAAUCCCGCACACGCAGAGAUCACUCGCGAGCACCCAGCAGGGCCAAUCUUGAUACAUCAACGGACCUGUUCCCGUACGCCAUCGCAAGGAUGAUGAACAACAGUGAAGGUCCCAACGAAUACCCUAAUUGGAAUCGUGAAGGCCUCCCCAAUUCCGAUUCUGUGCGAACCGAAUUACUUCGAUAUGUCUUCGGCUGGCAAGGCGACGUGCAAAGCCUAAUUCGAGAGGAAAUACGACUUCAGCAAAGCGAACUCGAGGAUGCUCGGAGAUCAGACCGACCGGCAGAUGUCGCAUCAACCUCCAGUAUCCUGCUUGCCAAAUGGCUUGGGGAGAUGGGGGCCGAUGACAUGGCAAACAUGAUUGGAUCUGACGACAUGUCCUCUACGGAUUGGAUGAUGCUGGCUCUCAGCUCCCUAGGAGCCGAUUCGCAAAAGAAGAUGGGCCAAUCUUUCGUGCAGCGUCUGUUGGAAAAAGGUGAUAUUCACCCUGCCGUGGCAAUCCUGCUGGGAUUAGGUGAGAACAAUGAUGCUAUCGAGGUUUACGUCUCGCAAAAGCGUUGGUUUGAGGCAGUGCUGCUCACUUGUCUGACAAGCCCUUCGGACUGGGGACGCAUCAAGCAUUUGGUAUUCACAUGGGGAGGUCUCGAAAUUGGCACACGAAGAGGUCUUGGUAUGCGUUUGCUCAAUUGUGGUACAGUAGAAUUACCAAACGCAUGGUUUUCGCCCGGAGCUCAAAACGCCGUGGAAGCGCUUUCCGCAUCACGAUUCGGAACCAGCCUCAACGCCAUCGCAAGUCCCAUAUCAGCUUCUGGUCGAGUGACGCAGAAAAUCAAGACACUGCAGCCUCUCAUCACCAAUUUCGGCCAAGACAGAGAAGCUGAAGAGGAUGGUGGUAUGACGACGAGACCCAAUCUCGUGACCGCUGUCGGAAUGACGCCCAUGGAAGGCCGAGACCGGUGGGGCAGGCCGCGAGAAUCUUCGCAGAUCAGAACAGCAAUCCCCGGUGACUUCAACAAGAAGAAGCGUCUGCCUUCCCGGUCAGAUAUUGAUCGCCUCCGGCGCGACACCGAAGAGAUUGCACCUAUGACGGCGACUCGCGAAGCUCGAUCACGCGCGGCGAGUCGCUCGGGCAGAACCUCGCAGAUGAGUCAGACACUAGAAGCGACAGAAUACGAUCCGGACGAGCAAUCCAAUGUUCAAGGGACUAGCCAUCUCCCAUCUCCCUCCCAAGGCGUGUUUACUCGACAAAGAUCCGACACCUACAACUCCUCCCGAGACAAGAAACCCGAUGGACUUGCUGUGCAGAUCCUCGCAACUGGACAGACCGCGCCGAUGACUAAUACCAGCAGUUUCACUGUCGGCAGCAACUACACAACCGCGGAAAGCGCCUUCACGUCGUACGACGACGACAACAUGUCACGUGUCAGGGGACGUGCCGGAGAUGGACAAAUCAACAGCGUCAAUGAAGCCAGAGCCGCAGCCAGGAAAGACCGUGCCGAGAGUCGUAAGCGUGGCGAAAGCCGUAAGAGAAACGAAAGUCGUGCUGGCCGCGCAGCCAGUCGGCCUCGUGACGUAGGGAGGACCAGGACAGGCUCGAUCCAACCGGGCAAACGAUCACCUUCUUCGCCAGUCCCAAUGUCACCUGAAGAACUCGCAAAGGCAAGCGUGAACCGCGAGCCCCCGCCAGCGACCACGGAUGAUGAGGAAUUCUACAAACGUGUCUCGCCGACGGAGCCUCGCAGGAGAGCUGGAUCGGUCGCGUCGCGUAGACUGGAGCCUCCGAUGGAGGGCGGCAGAAACACCGAGAGGGCAGCGCUCAUCAGCAGUCUGGCUCCAUUAGCGAUCGAUGACGGACGGGGAAGGAGUGCGGGUCGAGAUAUCAGCGCCGCGCCACGUUCUCCAUCAUUGCCAUUGCUGUCUUCCAAGCGAUACGGCGAAGAUAAUGACAACUCUAGACCCGCGGGACGUGAUCAAUCGACAAGAGCGAGGAGCUCGAGCCGACGACCAUCUGUUGACCUUCAAUCACGUAGAUUCCGUGACAAGCGCGAGCCCUCCCAAAGCCGAGGACUACCCCUCCGAGAGGAUGCUGAAACCUCCGCUCAGGAUGACUUCCGAGCCAUUGGACUAAAGGACGAGAAGGCGACUCCGUCCUGGGACACGGCAUCGAUGGCUUCCGAGGGACGUGUUCGGCGGACGACGAAGAAGGAGCUGGCGGCACAAGAACUUGAGGCUCGAAGACGAUCACUAGCACGCCGACCAUCUGCACCGCUGAUCCCUCUUCCCGGAGAUACACCGUCGUUCCGUCCUACCAUGUCCCCGAGAUCACAGACCGAUCUUAGCGACAGCCCUUCGUCCUUCGUUCCUCCUGGCCGUAGUCAUACGGUCGACCCCGAUGCUAUGUCACGACACGGUACGUUCACAAACAAGAUUACCGGCACAUCAACGACGUCUGCACCGAUCGGUCUGCCAGCCACGCCCCGAGCCAUGAGGCAUCCCAAGUAUAUGAGUUCUGACCCGGAUGAGCGAGACGGCUAUGCGCACCCUCCCGUUCCCGGCAUUCCUGUCCAGUUCAACGAAUUGACCGGCGGCCCAAGCGCGUCUCUGACAUUGGAAACCCUCAGUCAAGAUUUGCUUGAGGUGACUCGGGAUGGUUCACCAGGCAAUAUGGUCACGACUAUUGCAGAGACAGACGAUGCCGUUGGACCCCUCCUACCAGCGACAACAUUCGGCCAGAAAGUGACCCCACCCAUGCUGCGCUCGGCUUCUGCUCCUCCGGAAAAGCAGAGCAAUACGUUCUCUCACGCUCGCCAGCAGUCUCGCAAUUCACCUCACAAAGGUCCCGCAAACGACGCCCGAUAUGACCCCAUGAAUGCCUCCCAGGGACAGGGCAAUAUGUACGAUGAUGAUUAUCCUCCCUCGAUGGCGCCACAGGACGACGGAUAUGGAGAGCAUCCGCCGCCACCGCCGCCGCCACCACCACCGCCGCCUCCAAUGCUUCCCGAGCUCCAGCAUCUCGCUGGACCGCCCACAGACGGACUGGCCUCUGGUGUCAUCUCGAUUGCGAUCGAUGGCAACGAGCCCGUGAUUGAUGUAACAUCUUUGGAGCCGACGACCUACCGUGCGGCGACAGCAUCGCCGGGGAGCCACCGCCGCAAUGCCCCAAGCAGCGACAGUUUCGGCUCUCGGAUCCGAGGUUUAGGUGACCGCAUGCGAAGCACUUCCAAAUCGCGAGCCAAGAUGUCGCCUUCGGACUAUUCCGCCCCGAGAGCUCCGUAUGAGACGCGGCUGGAAGGCAUUCCCCGAGCUCAGUCCCCCUAUGAGCAAGCUAUGGCGGAGCAGUCGUCCAUGCAACACCGUAUGCAUCACCCGCCUCUGCCGCAGCCGCCGUCUCACUUAUACGGCGAGACGAAGCUCAAUGAGACGACCAUUCCUCCGUCCAGCCUGCCUGCUCGAUCUGCCAGCGCCACAGGCUAUCGCAACCCUCGUGAGGUUCGAGCGAACAUGCCACCGGAGACUUUGCAGCAGGGAGUCUACCACCCGCGGAAUGGUUCUGGUGGAUUUCUUUGAGGGAAGAUAGUGGUUGAGGCGAUGAUUCAUUCGAUUUAGGUUGAGAUAUGGGUGAUUUAUAAUGUUCUUGUGCUUGGAUGAGGAUUUCGAUAUUUAACUGCAUAGCGAUCUCGGUUCUAUCGUGGACCGUAGGAACGAUAUUUGUCAUGGAUUAUACUCCCAACACUGCAUCGACAUAUAGCAUGUUCCAGGAUGUCUCGUACGUGUGAUUUCAAUUCCUUGAAUCAUGUAAAAUGGA